AUGUUUAUAUUUCUAUUGUUUAUUGUAAUUAGUAAUGCAACAGAGAGUAUUAACAAUACAAAAGUAAUACACACACAAAUAUAUUCAAAUAAACAUAAAAUAACAUACAAUGGAUAUGAUAUAUAUUUAAAAGGUAAAACUGAUGUACCUAAAGAAACAAUAUCAUUAGUACAAUUAUCACAUGAAAAUAAAGAAUCAACACUAAUAAAUAAUGUUCAAGAAGAGGAGAGUAGUAAAGAAAGUGGAACUUUAAGUGAACCAAAUAGUAAAGGAACAAUUAACUCGACAAGAAGUGAUAGAAAUAGUCAAACUGGAACAGUAGUAGAAGGACAAGAAGAUUCAAGUAUUAGUGGUUCAGGAACUACAGGAACAGUUAGUGGUAAAAAUAAUAGAGUAAGUGAAACAGGAAAUACAAAUGUCAAACAAGAAAAUAAAGAAGGUGAAGUAGUUAGUGAGCAAGAAAGUACAAGUGCAUGGAAUGAAAACACAAAAGAACAAAGUGACAAAGAAGUUGUAAAACCAGGAAAUACAGGAAGUAGUGGUACAGAACAAAAAGGAACAAGUGAUACACAAAAUGUAGGAACAGAAAGUGAUGGAGCAGAAACAAGUGCAAGACAUGGAAAAGAUGAAAAACACCAAAUAAAUGAAGAAGCAGGAAGUUCAAAAGAAGGUGUAAGUGAUAAAGGAAGUAGUGGAACAGGAAAUGAAGAUAAAGGAAUAGGAACUUCAGGAAAGAAUAGCAAAGGAGGAGAAACAGAAACUACAACAGGAAAGAAUGGAGAAAAAAAUAUUAAAGGAGAAAAUGAAAAAGAAAAUAAAGAAGAAAAAGAACCCAAGAAUGAACAAAAAGAUCAAGAACUAAAGAAAACCUCAGAAGAUGAAAAGAAGAAUGAACAAAAAGAUGGAAACCAAGAAAUCGAUAAUAAAACAGCAAGUAGUUCUGAUAGUUCAGAAAGUAAAACAGAUAAUGAUAUUAAUAAUAACUUUGAUAGUACAGCAUCUACAUUUAUUAUUCUUUGUCUUAUCAUUACAUUUUUAUUCUUCUAA